AUGCUACUUGCGCAAAAAAAGCCCAGGCCUCGCCCUGAAGUAAUAAAACAAGCAACUAGACUCUUUUCUGGUUUAGCGGACCUUGAUUUUGAGUCUGGUUAUGAUGAUCAUAUGUAUUUUCAAUAUUUGUCUAAUAAUAAAAAUGACAUCUCUCUUCUAGGCAUCUAUCAUCCUGAAGAGAUUUAUUCAAAAUAUAUAGUUCAGGUGGCAGGAAAGGGUUUUACAGUAGUUAAUCAUCCAUCUGAAGUUUAUGGGUUACCCGAUACCCAUGAGUGCAUUGAUGGAAAUCUGCCUCUUCGCCUAGUUUUGGAUAUUGACGCAAGGCAAAAGCCUGAUCUAAUGAAUCCUGAACUCCCUUCUUUAGAUAAAUAUAAAAUUACUCGCGAAGAUUUAUUAUCCAAGAUCUUAAUUGCCUGCGCCGAUAUUAUAUACUUUGGCUUAAAACAUUUCAUAAAUUUAAAUGCUUUUACCUUGGCUAGUUCGUCUAAUACUGAUAAAUGCAGUUGGCAUAUCGUGUAUCCUUAUGCCCGUUUUAUUGACUAUAGGGACCUUAGGGGUUUUGUAGAAAAAGUUGCUGAUAGGGUUGGAAAACUAUACUCUGAAUUCAUUGACCUUGGGCUUUAUAAAUCACGCUUCAGUCUUCGGCUCCUUGGAUUAGCAAAAGAAGAUAGAGUCAAAAGACCUGUGAUUUCUUUAAUCAAGGAAGGAUAUUGCAAGUUAAAAGAUUAUUUAGUUCAGCCUAAAUUAGAUGCUUCUGAAAUCUGGCCCCGAACUUUUUCUUUUGAGAAACUAGAAAAAGAAGAGUUCCAACCCAUCGAAGAUAAAACCGCUUUAAACACGGGAGCUGGCUUAGUUACAGCAAAAUUUGGAUGGCUUGAGAUUGGUAGCAUUAAGAAGGGAUUUGUCAACUUCCAAGCGAAGUCAUAUAAAGCAUGUCCUAUCUGCGAAAUUAAACAUGAAAAGGAUCAGAUAUAUGGAUUUCUUCGAAGUAAUGGGUGCUUCAUACUUAAAUGCUACUGGCAGAAACAGUACAAACCCAAUCAUAAGGAAUUAAUAUUUGGAAAAGUAAUUGAAAUUUCUGCAAAACCUAAGAGAGGAAUAGUCAAAAGAAUAGGUGAUGCUAUAUCAAAUCCACGUCCUCUUGUAGAAUUAUCAGAAAUGAUAAUUAAUGUAGAAAAAUUAAAGGAUGCUCCAGAAGUAUAUCCCAAUUUCUUGAGUAUUGAGAAAACAACUACUCUUAUUCGUUCUCCCCCAGGGACAUGGAAAAUAAACUACUGCAUUAAGAGAGAUUAUUAUGGCAUUGAAAGAUAA